AAGGCUCUGGUGUUACACUUGAAGAUAUGAUAUCCAGAAUGCGAGAUAUACUUUCACCGCCUUGCCCCAGAAGAAAACCAGUUGGCAUUUCUAGAACAACGAAACAUUCUUCAUCUCCAGUACAAUCAGACAGAAGAUUUAGAUUAGUUACAACAAAAAAGCUGUCACUCGAAACAUCUGGAACCAAAUCCGGAACAAAAAGUGAACCAUCUAAUUCUAAACCACACACGCCAUUGAAUUUAAGAGUAUUUUCUCCUUCAGAUCAUAUUAAGAAAUCUAUUAAGGAAACUGCUGUAGAAGGGACACCAGCUCGAGCAGCAGGUUCUUCAGAUAUGUACGAGUAUUCUUUAUUCGGAUUUCAGUGGAGCAAGUCUCCAGGGGGAAAAGCAGAUCAGUUUCCACGAAUGCUAUCGCCAAAAAGUGGGGUAGAAAAUAUCCAUGUGCCACCAAAUAGAGUAUUCAAAUGCUGUUAUUGUGACAUAACAAGGUAUAGCUGUAACAAAUGUUCCAAGACUUACAAACACUACGCUUCACUACAUCAUCAUCUGAACUAUGAAUGCGGCGUAGCCCCGAAGUUUCCAUGUGAGAUAUGCAGCUAUGCAGCUAAAAGAAAGCAUCACUUGCAGAGCCACUAUAAAUACUUCCAUAAGAUGCGGAAAUGUGAUAUUUAACUAGCAUAAAAGGCUGAUUUAUUUAUUAGUAAUUUAUUCGUAUUGUCAAUGUAAUGGUCUAUGUUUAAACCAUGUUUUAAUAAACUACAUGUUCGAUACCACUGUCAGGUAACGGUAUUAACUAUUCACGUAAAGUGAUUAUUCUAGAAAAUUGGAAAUUUUCCGUAUGAGUUAUACGCCUUUUUUGUCAUCUGCAACAUAUAGCAACUUAUUUUUUGACUAUAAGAGCAAAUAAACCAAGAACUACCAUAACGAUUGUUAUUGUGAUGAAAGAAAAAUCGAUCUCACGAAGGUACCUAAUAUUCCUCAUCCUCAGCCAAUGAGAGCCAUUUAUAGCUUUUUUUUUUUGGGGGUAACAUCACAAUGUCAUAUAAAAUCAGUGAACAGAUUUACUAAUACCCGUUUUACAGUCAUCAAGAAAAAGAUAAAUGUUGAUCAGAUGCCUGUGCACGAAUAAAACAGCCGAUUCUUUCUUGACAGGAUGUUGCAUGAAAUCAAUCCGUUGGAUUUUUCAUACAAAUUUGUC